AUGUCUUUUGCACUGUUGCGAAGCCAAAGCCGACCAGCGCUGGCUGUGAUCGAGCGACAGGCUCGGGCCCUCUGUUCCACCCUGGCAAUAACCGACUUUUCGCCUAAAACUGCAGGAAAGACGACCGAAAAAAAGGCCUACCUGCAACAUUGCCAACCCGGCAAGAGCUUCGUCUCGACAUCCGUGCGCAAGUACUCGAAGAAGACGGCCGCCCCAGAACGUGCGUACAACAGCGAUUCGGAUUCGGACUCGGAUGACGAGCGCGAUACCACUCCGCGGCAGCGUCAGCGUAAGGAGCGUGUCUUUCACACGCCAGAAAGGAACAUGGGCAAUUCCGAGUUCUGGCGGCGUAAGAUGCGUACCCUGCACGGUGUGCUGGAUGUCAACAAGGAUGGGGUCAUCUCGUACGACGAUUUUAUGUUGCUGACUGAAAAAUUUGCCUCGCUCGGCCAUUUGGACGUGAAGGCGAAGAACGAAUUCCGUGACAUCAUGAGAACUACCUGGGAAUCGCAGUGGGGAGAAAUUACGCCCUACAAUCUAGUCACCGUGGAGCAAUACCUCACCGAGAUGCAUCAUGUCGUCAAUGAUAAGGAUCUCAAGAAGAAGGUGCACCGCUUUCUGCCCUACCUGUACAGGGCCGUCGACAAGGAUCGGUCCGGGUCGAUCUCGCUGAACGAGUUUAAACUGUUCUUCCGCUGCCUGGGUCUGACGGAGGAGAAUGCAGCUGUUUCGUUCGCAGUGAUCGACAAAAAUGGCGACGGCCAGAUUACGCUGGACGAGUUCGUCAAGCUCGGCAAAGACUUCUUCGUCAGCGAGAAGGAAGCGCACGUGUCGCGUAUGUUCUGGGGACCGCUGGUUGAUCACUAG